AUGUGGCCCUCCAAGUCCCCCCGCCUACAGGCUGUGGCAGUGAUUUGUUUUCUUCUCGUGAUUUUCCAGCGAGUUCUCAAUGUAUGGAUACCCAUCCAGACUGGAGCGAUCAUUACAUCUUUGGCAAAUCAACAAAAUGCAAAUGACCGCCAACCACCGUGGUUUGAGAUCUGCAUGUAUGUUUUUUACCGGUGGCUGCAGGCAAAUGUGGGCUCUUUGCGCUCUGGUCCCUGGAUUCCCAUCGGCCAGUAUUCCUACCUGGAGCUUUCCACAGCUGCCUUCGAACAUGUUCACAGUCUCAGCUUGGACUUUCACCUGCGAAACCAGACAGGCGAGCUUCUUUCAGCUCUGAACAAAGGCAAAUCAAUCAAUUCAUUCCUGGAGCAAAUAAUAUUUCAGUUCCUUCCUACGCUAGCUGAUCUGCUCAUCGCAAUUGGGUAUUUCCUAGUUGCAUUUGAUGUUUACUACGCCCUCGUGUGGAAUGCGAAGACCAGAAGAAAGAUGGUCGAUGCUUCGAGGCACGAGGAUGCGAUCAAAAACGAUUCGUUGGUCUCCUACGAAAUGGUGAAAUACUUCAAUGCGGAACAACACGAGUUUGCCCGAUACCGACGCGCUAUCUGCAAUUACCAGAAUACUGAGUACUACACAUUUCUCUGUGGGACUCUAUUAAACACCAGUCAAAGCACUGUGCUGUUGACCUGUUUACUGGUCACUUGCUUCAUCGCUGCAUUUCAAGUCUCUACUCUCCAGCAACCAGUGGGUCGGUUUGUUACCUUGUUGAUGUACAUGGCCCAGCUACAAGGUCCUCUGAGCUUCUUCGGAGCCUUCUAUGUCUCCAUACAGUCGGCCUUGAUCACUGCGGAGCGUAUGUUGGAGCUUUUCAAAGAGAAGCCAACAGUCACUGACAGCGAUCACGCCUCCCCCUUGGCCACUUGUGAAGGAAGGGUCGAGUUUCAGAAUGUUAAAUUCUCCUAUGAUCCGCGGAAUCCUAUAUUGAAUGGACUCACGUUCACUUGUCGACCAGGAACCACUACAGCCCUCGUGGGAGAGUCCGGUGGUGGCAAAUCUACGGUUCUCCGUCUCCUCUUCCGGUCCUACAACCCUAAACAUGGCAAAAUCCUCGUCGACGGACAUGACGUCCAGGAUAUCACGAUUGAUUCUCUGCGCAGGCAUAUCGGUGUGGUUCCGCAGGAUACGAUCCUUUCCAACGAGACUUUGAUGUACAACUUGAAGAUCGCAAAUUUAAAUGCUAGUGAUGAAGAUGUGUACCACGCCUGUCGCAAUGCCGGUAUUCAUGCCAAGAUCAAGAGUUUUCCAGACGGCUACAACACCAAAGUUGGAGACCGUGGACUGCGCCUCAGCGGCGGUGAGAAGCAACGUGUGGCAAUCGCUCGAGCUAUCCUCAAAGAUUCUCCAAUCAUACUGCUGGAUGAAGCUACGUCCGCGCUCGACACUAAAACCGAAGAGCAUAUCCAGAAUUCCCUUGCAACUUUGUCCAAUGGCCGAACCAUGCUCAUCAUUGCCCAUCGGCUAAGCACCAUCACAUCGGCAGACCUCAUUCUAGUCAUAGAGGAAGGCCAGGUGGUCGAGAGCGGCACGCAUGAGGAACUGGUGAAAAUGCAAGGCCGUUAUUCCCGCAUGUGGCGAAAACAAAAUGGUGAGACGGACACACCUCAAACCCACGACAAGGUGGUGCGCAUUUAA